UAACUCCCAGCCACGAGGAAAUUACGUCAGAGUAGUCACACAUGUUCGUGUUGUGGUGAAAUUACUGAAAUACAUUGGGGUUUUUUUUCGCUAAAAAGAAAUUUUAUUUAUUAAAAAUUGAAUAUCGCUACUGUUUAUAAAUAAAGAAAGAAAAUAUGCCGAAGAAAACAAAGAUUAAAGGUUGUGAAGACGAUGAUUGGAAAGAUCCAGACGCCGAGAAUGAGAUAGCAGCUGGGAUAAAGAAACUGUCAACAGACGAGAAUGCAGCAAAUGGAACAGAAGAUGCUGGAGACAAAAAGAAAAGUAAGAAAAAGGACAAGAAAAGUAAAUUAGCCAAAUUGAAAGAAGAAUUAGAGAAAGCUGCAGCCGUAGAAGAUGAAGAGGAUGUCACAUCAAAGGCAGAUAAAGAAGAUAAAAUUCAGUCAGAUACAAAUGAUGAGGACCAAGAGUAUUAUUUGAGUGAUGAUCCAGGUGAUGAAGAUAGUAAAGGUGCUAAUAAAGAAGAAAGUGGAGCAGAGGCACCAAAACUCAGUAAAAAAGAACUAAAAAAGAUCAAGAAACAGAUGGAAUUUAAAAAACAAUUGGAGGAAAUGGAAGAAAAUGGUCAGUUUUCACUUUCUCAAGCUAUGAAAACUGGUAAAGCUGCCAUAUUAGAUAAUGUAAAAGAUAUUAAGGUGGAAAAUUUUUCUAUAGCAGCCCGAGGUAAAGAAUUAUUUGUAAAUGCCAUGUUACAGAUCUCUGAUGGUCGUAGAUACGGAUUAGUGGGACCUAAUGGUCAUGGUAAGACAACAUUAUUAAAACAUAUAGCUAGUCGUCAAUUGCAAAUUCCCUCCAACAUAGAUGUAUUAUAUUGUGAACAAGAUGUGGUUGCUAAUGAAACAAAAGCUAUUGAUGCUGUACUACAAUCAGAUAAAAUCAGAGAAAAAUUAUUGAAAGAAGAGAAAAAGUUAACAGAAGAAAUAGAGAAAGGCGAUGGAAAUCAAGACAGAUUAAAUGAGGUAUAUGAAGAGUUAAAUGCUAUAGGAUCAGAUGCAGCAGAAGGUAAAGCUAGAAGAAUGUUAGCAGGUUUAGGUUUUACAGCAGAAAUGAUGGAAAGAGCUACCAAAAAUUUAUCUGGUGGUUGGCGAAUGAGAGUUUCAUUAGCCAGAGCAUUAUUUUUAGAACCUACAUUACUGAUGUUAGAUGAACCUACAAAUCAUUUAGAUCUGAAUGCUGUAAUUUGGUUAGACAAUUAUUUACAACAAUGGAAGAAGACAUUAUUAGUCGUAUCUCAUGAUCAGAGUUUCUUAGAUAAUGUUUGUACAGAUAUAAUACAUUUAGAUAUGCAGAAACUCUUCUAUUAUAAAGGAAAUUAUGCUAAUUUUAAGAAAAUGUUUAUACAAAAACGUAAAGAACAGUUAAAAGAAUAUGAUAAACAGGAAAAGAAAUUAAAAGAUAUGAAAGCAUCAGGCAAAUCAACAAAACAAGCUGAAGCCAAGCAGAAAGACAUGAUGAGUAAAAAAAAUAAAAGUAGUAAAUCCAAACAGUCAGCAUUUGCUGAAGAUGAAAAGAAGACAGAAUUAAUGCAGAAACCUAAAGAUUAUGUUGUUAAAUUCCGUUUUCCUAAUCCUGCACCACUAAGUCCCCCUAUAUUAGGUUUAUACAGUGUUUGGUUUGCAUAUAAAGGUCAAGACAAUUUGUUUGAAAAUGUUGAUUUCGGAAUAGACAUGCAGACAAGAAUUGCUAUUGUUGGACCUAAUGGAGUAGGUAAAAGUACAUUAUUAAAACUCUUAACACAAGAACUUGAACCAGUCAAAGGUGAAUGUCGAAAAAAUCACAGAUUACGUUUAGGAAUAUAUAAUCAACAUUCUGCUGAUCAGUUGAAUUUAGAGGAAACACCAGUAGAAUAUUUACGUAGAUUGUUUGAUAUGAAUAUACAAGAUUGUAGAAAGACAUUAGGAAAGUUUGGUUUACCAAGCCAUGCUCAUACUAUAUUAAUACGGGAUUUAUCAGGUGGACAGAAAGCUAGAGUAGCAUUAGCUGAUUUAACAUGUAGAGCUCCGGAUGUUCUUAUUCUCGAUGAACCUACUAAUAAUUUAGAUAUAGAAUCUAUAGAUGCACUGGCUGAAGCUAUUGGUUUUUUUGAAGGAGGUGUUGUUAUAGUUAGCCAUGAUGAACGAUUAAUUCGUGACACAAAUUGUCAACUAUGGGUUGUAGAAGAUAAGACAGUUAAUGAAAUAGAAGGGGGAUUUGAUGAUUAUAGACAUGAACUGUUGGAAGCUCUGGGUGAAAAUAUUGUUGCAGCAACUAAAUAGUGACAUAAAAACAAAAGACUUAAAGAAUGAUAAACCUUAGAUAAAGAUCACAACUAAAAAGAAAGGUCCAAAUCAACCUGUAUAUUUGAAAACUACUAUGAACUAUUGAAGCAAAUCAUCUUGAAUAAAUUUAAAAAGGCACGAAUUCUGUUGCAUAAAAAGUAUUUUUUAUCUGUGGAGAAAAAAGGCUACAGUUGUUACAAAUUGGGUCCCCACUUGACAGUAUUCAUUUGACUUCUAAAGAAACUAGUAUUGGGGCUGAAGAUGGUCUCUGUCAGUUUUCAAAAAUAUUUUCAGUUAAAGAUGGGUUCCCAGAAAAGUAUUUAUCGGGUGGUUAUUUCCAAUAAAAGUAUGGCAAUUUUGGUAUAUAUGGAAAGUAGAGAUAUCCAAUCUUACUAGAAAAAUACUGGAUUCCCCGAAAAACACUCAUGGAGCGUAUACAGGACAAAAAUGUAAGGGUUCCCCUAAUCAACAGCCCAACGAUUAAGAGUUUCUGCACGCGUGAUUUCAAAGGUCACACGCGAACAUUGAACGCUUGAUGUACAAGUUGAUAAACUUUAUGAAGAGUUAGACGUACAACACUUUCUGAGAUAAAAAUGAUGGAAAAAGACGCGGGUAGUGGAUAAUCCGAGAAUUUAAUUAGGAUUCAAUAUUUGUAAUAAAUAGUAAGCGCUUAAAGACAACAUCGUCUUAUGUAUGCAAUGAAUUCUCCUCUGAUUUCCAAGACAUGACGUAAGCAUGACCUGGUUUGAUCGAAUUUUAAUAGCAGGGUAUUCCUUCGCAAUUGCAAUGUUUGAGAAGGAUUUGAAGCAUAAUUAUGACAAAUUAAUUAGUUUGAAUAUGUUUUUAGUCCAUAUAUACCAUUAAAUCACCCAGUUUGUACGCGGGAACCCAUCUUUAAUAAGGUCCCUGACCGUUAAUAACAUAAAUUUUCAUCAAACUUUCAGGAAUAAUUCACUCACAUUGAGGUAAAAAUGGUCCCUAUUUAAUUUGAGAGUUUGGCUCCUGUCUUGAGAAGAUUACAUACUUUACUACAGAGUUUAAUUUUUCUUUGUGAUUUUUAUAAGAUUUUCAAAAAUAGUUCGAAUUGAGGUAACGAGAAUGGUGAUUGAUUUUGAGUGUUUUCGCAAAAGUAAUUACAGUGUUAACUUCUUAACAGAUUUUCAGCAAAUGAUCAGGAACAGUUAAGACUCACAAGUUAAUUCCUCUGACUUAUCUUGCUCUUAAUCUAUUAUGUACUCGCUCUGUAUUGUCAAGUUCUUAACAAAUUUUCACAAAAUUUGGAUCAUAAUCAUUAUUUACAGUACAGGUCUGUAAUAUUAAAAAAAAAACCUGGAAAUUUCAUGAGUCAAAGUCUUUGUACAGUGCGGAAGUUGCUGGUGGGCAUAUGCAACCAUGCUGUACAAAUGUAAAUACUAUUAUAAACCAUUCCAGUAAUAAUGGUGUGUUUGUUACUGAUCAUAGAAUAUAAAUAAAGACACAGCUCUCUCUGUAGAUCCAUUGAACAUACAGUUUGCUGAUCAUGGACAAUAUAAAGUUCAAACCGUAAUGAUGUAUUGAAUUUUAUUUACAAGUUGCCAAGUGAUGUAUAUAGUAAUCACUAACGAACGCACCACAAGAUACAUUAAAAUUAUGUUUGUAAAUUAUACAAGUUAUAUUUGAUGGUGACCGGUAUAUAUAAGUGAUAUUGUGUACUAUAUAAUUAAACGGGUGCAUAUUUAGUCUUUUAAUCACUUUGAUCCCAGGUUCUCACUUCAAACUUUGGCCAGCUGGGUGAUGUUUUUCUGUAGUUAGUUUACCAAGAAGUGUUGGGGGUAUAACUUGGAAUUCUGUACUAGUAUCAUCUGGUGGGAAAUUCUUAAAAUUAUGAUGAGUUGAUGCCUCAAAGUUGACCACAGUUAUCAUUUUAAAAUUCAAAUUUUGAAUGAGAAAUACUAAAAUUGUACAAAUUACAAAGUCACCGCCCAAGGGAGAAACCAUCGGGGAGCUCGCACAAGGGCCACCGAGCGCCUAUUUUUCGACUGCCACAGUCGCCGCCCAAGGGCCUCCGAGUAUUUCCUUUUCGACUACCACAGUCGUCACCACAGGAUUCCCACCAGAAAGAAUCUCUUACACUCCUCGCCGUAGCAAUAGCUCUACGUAUAUCAACAGCGCUCUGUUCCCAACCUUCAGCCACUGGGAUUUCCACACAUCCCCAAACCAAAUCGGAAGGGAAAACUGGACCACCUUAGCCACAAGCAGGAGCGACAUCUGGAACAACCAAGCCUAGAGGACGCCUUUCUAGAGGACCCCCUCCUCUCCACCCAGCUUUCCGCCAGUGAUUUGUUUAACUCUCAAUUUUUAUCUGGCUUGGGCCUUAUUUAAACUUUUUAUUUAACCUUACUUUCUUGUUGUCUUUCCUAGUCCUACCACCCCCCUUCUGUGGUCUUCCCUAGACCCUUUCCCUUUCCCGUCUCUCCCCAUACACACACCCCUUUUAUUUUUGCAUGCGUUUUUUUCUUGCCCCCUACUCUACUUAGUUUAUUUGGGCAUACUCAUAUCUGUAGACCCCGGUCACACACCAACCCCGGUAAACCCAGCCAAAAAUAAUCUCUCAUUAACCCCAGUCAAUUCCGAAACCCCGGUAAAAUACCAAACCCCGGUAUUGAAUACCCCGGUAAAACUAACAAACCCCGGUGAAAUCUCACCGGGGUUUCCCCACAGUAUAUAUAGAACCUCACUAAGAGAGAUAAAUCAGUCUGAAGAGUUCAAUUCUGAACGAAACUAGUUACUGCUAAAAGGGAUAACUGGUGAAAUCGCCCACCUCUAUCUACCUACUAUUAUGGAAAGCUAUCUAAUUUUAUGUCAUGUAAAUGAACUACCGGUAAAUUUAUUUGUCAACUGUAGUUUUGAAAUAAAACAAAGAAACAGCAUUUCUAGGUAUUUUUAUUGAAUAUGUUAAAAGCAUGUAUACAUACUGGCUUUUCAAUGGAUAUUGUGAUUAUACACUACCACAUAUUGAAGGGCAUUGUUCAUUUUCAAAAAGAGGUUCAGAAGCAAAUAUUCUUUGUUAUUAAUAUCAAACAUGAGGUACACAGAUAUGACUGGCCAAUAAACAUGCUAUUCAACAAAUUAAACAUAAUAUAAAUUAUACUAGUAUUUAUUGUAAAAAAGAUGGUAAGAGAUUAAUAAUAGAUGUUACAAAAAUCAUAAAUACAUGUACUUUUUAAAUAUAAAUAUGGUCAAAUUUUUAAUAAAUCAAAAUUUAAGA